UCUGAGAGGGGCGGGGCACCAUGAGGAAGGGUUCCCGAUUCAAGGUCACGGUUCUGGGUAACGAAACGUCGAACUAAGUUAUGUUUCCUUUCACUGUGUGCUCCACCCACCCCGUGCGGUGACGGGAGUGGGGGCGUGCGAGAGCGAGGAGGCGGCGCGUAGCCGCGGCGACCCGGACCUGCUCCCCGGUAGCGAACCGGGCCGCGUGACCCCUGUCCGCGUGACCCCUGUCCGCGUGACCCCUGGCGAUCUCUGCGGGGAGAGCGGCGCGCGCGUGCCCGCCACGUGCGUGUUGGGGGCGAGCGGUGGUGCAGCGGUUAGCGCGUUGCGCUACGAACCUGGCGAACCGAGUUCGAUUCCAGCUCACGGCCACCAACACCGAUUAUCUGAACCGGUGCCGGGCAUCCCCUAGGUUGACGCGGCCUCUAAUGAGUAACUGUUGCGGUGUGUAGUAAACAUUGCCACUGGGGAGACAAAGGCGGUCGGCCGUGGUGCAGGCCACCCAACCCUCUCGUGUGCUGUUCAGGCCUUCAUAGGUGCUCGCUAACAGCACUUGCCCCAACAGUCUGUUACGGCUAUACGGGGGAUCUUUGUGUGCUGUGUGCAACAUCAACAGCAGCAGCAACAUCGGCAGCAUCAGCAGCAACAUCGGCAGCAUCAUCAGCAGCAACAACAGCAGCGUGAAUGAACACGAGGGAGUUCCUCGCCUGUCUGGCGGCCGGGGGGCUGGCGGGUGCGAGCGUGGACCUGACGCUCUUCCCGCUGGACACGCUCAAGACGCGCCUGCAGAGCGCCCAGGGCUUCGCGCGUGCCGGCGGCUUCCGUGGCGUCUACGCGGGCGUCCCCUCGGCGGCCGUCGGCUCCUUCCCCAACGCCGCCGCAUUCUUCGUGACCUACGAGACUGUGAAGGCCGCUCUGGGCAGCUCGCCCCUGUCACACAUGGCAGCUGCCUCCAUCGGAGAAGCCGUGGCGUGUCUGAUCCGCGUGCCCGUGGAGGUGGUGAAGCAGCGGGCGCAGGCGACGCGAGUGGCCACCCGCCAGGUGCUGGCUGCCACGCUGCAGCGCGAGGGUAUCUGGGGUCUAUAUCGGGGAUUCAAAAGCACCAUCGCCAGAGAGAUCCCAUUCUCCUUUGUCCAGUUUCCACUGUGGGAGUUAUUGAAGGAUAGAUGGGCGAUCCACCAGGGCCAUGAGGUGGACUCGUGGCAAGCCGCCACGUGUGGAGCUGUGGCAGGGGGGGUGGCCGCAGCAGUCACGACGCCAUUGGACGUCGCGAAGACAAGGAUCAUGCUGGCCAAGGCUGGAACAAACACGGCGGAAGGAAACAUCACAGCAGUGCUCCUGGGCAUCUGGAGGAUACAGGGAUUGUCUGGGCUCUUCGCUGGGCUGCUCCCCCGCGUGGCCUGGAUCAGCCUGGGCGGCUUCAUCUUCCUCGGGGCCUAUGACAAGGCUCGCCAUCUCCUGUUGCUCGCCUCGUCAUAGCCGGAGCCCGUGGCCGCGGCGAGGAGCCGUUGCGACGGCUGGCUACGCCGGUGCCGCGUCAACAACGGGCACCAGCUGACUUAAAGCUUUCGUGACUGCAGGAAUUCAUAUUCUCGGGUCUUUCGGUAAAGUCACGUAGAUAGGUUAUGUUUUGUUAUUUUCUUUGAACCUAUCUACGUGACUUUCACGAAAGACCCAAGAAUAUGGGCACCAGCUGGUGAACAACGGGCACCAGCUGGUGCACGUCUUCGCGGAGCUUGUGACUAAGGAGGGCCCUCUACUGGCACGUUUAUGUAAAUGCAGACUGGGGGUCAUGUCACGAUCCACCUUGCACCAGCACCCGAGCAGCCGCUACUUUUCAGGAUUGUGAGAGAUAGCGAUGGCGUGGGGAGGCCUUCAUCCAGCAGUGGAUUGAGAAUGGCGAGUGACGACGACGGUGGCGGCAGUGGGGUCGGGCGUGGAUGCCACGGCCGUGGAGCCCCCUGGCCAGGAGAGGAGCGGCGAGGAGUCGCUCGCCGCCUCCCGAGGCCCUCUGCGUUGAGCGGCAGUCGCGGUCUCCUCUCCCCCACGGGCGGUGUGCCUCACCUUCAUCCACAGAGCGCCUUGCUAGGCGCUAUUUCAUGGCUGGAGCGUUAUAACCGAGUUUCUUUGCCGCCGUUGUGACGUCUCCCGCUGUCCCUCGCUCCGUCGCCGCGUGGUCGACGCUUAUUUGUCGCCAGGCAAGAGCCCAUUGAGCCCAGCAGUCGAUUUCUUCAAGGGGUGACUGCAUUUCCUUUGGUACGGCGAAAGAGGUCAUUUCAAAUAUGUAAACUAAAUCUAGAAAACAGAAACAAAUCUGUUGAUACAACUCAGAAAUUUGUAUUUAACAAUAAAACUGAAACAAUGUGUGCACUCGGCGUGUUACUUUAUACAAUAAACGUAUUCAUACUUAA